AUGGUAUACAGAGGGAAGCCCAGCCCUGGCUGCGCCUUAUGCCGUGAUAGACGACUAUUGUGCGAUCGGCGUCGGCCGUCAUGUUCCCAAUGUCUUCGGGCGAAUCGCGAGUGCUCGGGAUACCAAGACCUGCAAGCGCUUCGAAUCCACGAUCAAAGUAAAGAGGUUGCUGCCAAGGCUCAGGCUCAGUCUGAGUCUCAGUCACAGUCUCGCCGUGGGGCACGGAAGUCUACGAACCCGUCUACUGCAGCCCAUUCAGCAGCAUUGACCUUGCGAAUGCCCCCAGCUAUUCCAUCCUCAGCGGGUGAGCAGGCCAUGUCUUUUAUAUUCAAGAUAUAUGUGGGCGAUGCACAAAGUCGUGGCUUGCUCUCUUAUUUGCCCAAAUUACUAACCGAUGACCCCUCCACUGCCCUCCAAGCCACGCUCAAAGCCGUAGGGCUGGCUAGCAUGUCGAGGGCCCAUUCACUGCCGGAGUUGAAAUACUCUGCUGGGCUCGAAUAUGGCAAGGCGCUGGUUGCGACCAAUCAUGCGUUGCGAAAUACCUUGGUGGCUAAAUCGGAUUCUACUCUAGCAGCCGUUGUACUGCUAAGCACGUAUGAGAUGAUAACAUCCCCCGAAUCAAUUGGGGGCGAAAAUUUCAUGAGCGGCUGGUCAAACCAUGUCGACGGGGCUACCAAACUGCUCGAGUUACGAGGCAUGGAACAAAUGGAAUUCCCGGCUGGCCGGGCCUUGUUCACCCUUGUUCGUAUGCAGGUUGCAUUCAACAACAUAUUCAGCAGACAACGCCGCUCACCCCAGCUCACGGCUCUAUCACUGGCGGCAAAGACCUAUCGCGACAGUGACUCGCAAUCAAUCGAAGAUUUCUACGCCAUCGUAGUCCAAUUAGCUGAUCUCUCCAUCGAAAGCGAUAAGAUAUUUACAGACAAUACCUCCGCCAACCCAGUUGAUAUCAUCAGGAAAGCACUUCAUCUCGAUGCCGACCUGGUUUCAUGGGCACUUUCCUUGAAUCCUACCUGGCGGUACAAAACCAUUGAAACACCGCAUGUAACCAACACCAACUACCAUCAACCAUACUCCUUCUACCAUGGCAACAAAUACCACGUCUACCCAAACGUCGACCUCGCCUCGAUGUGGACAAACUACCAUCAAACACGCAUCAUCAUCCAAGGAAUAAUCCAAGCAAUGUGCGGGCAACUCUUAAAGUCUGAUCCCGCACACGACUGCCAACACACUCUACUCCAGUCCAUCGCAAUCAGCAAGCAAAUGGUCGCGGAUAUCUGCACCAGCGUGCCAUUUUAUUUUAUUUCUGGCGAGACGGGUAUCGGUGGAUUAUUGCGGCUCUCGUGGCCGCUGUUCAUUGCGGCGGAUUGUGCGGUUACUACGCCUGCGAGAAAGGAGUGGAUUCGGCAGACGCUGGAGAAGAUUGGGGAAGUUGCAGGUAUCCAGCAGGCUCUUACAAUGUCGAGGUUUUUGAAAAGGGGAUAUAUCAUACCCUUUGUCCCUGGGAAUGCGGGGGAGGAGGGGAUCUCAGACUGGUACAUGAGUUUUUCUUUUCACGGUACUUGA